AUGAUGGCGUCGCCGCCCCCAACCGCGGUGUCAGGUCCGCUAGCCGUGCUGGACCCCACAGGACAAUUUGCAAAGAGGAAGAAGACUUCACUUUGGUUCACAGUCUCUCUGCUUGUGGUGUCUGGUUUUAUACUGACCAUAGGUCUGGCAGCUACCACAAGAACAGAAAACAUAACCGUGGGAGGCUACUACCCAGGCAUCGUUCUUGGCUUUGGAUCUUUCCUAGGGAUUGUUGGCAUCCACCUGGUAGAGAACAGAAGACAAAUGUUAGUAGCCUCCAUCGUGUUCAUCAGCUUUGGCGUGGUAGCAGCGUUCUGUUGUGCAAUAGUUGAUGGAGUGUUUGCAGCACGACACAUAGAACCAAGACCUUUGCAUAACAAAAGAUGCCAGUUUUAUUCAAGUGGAAUAGGAUUCCUUUAUGAUGCCUACCAGACAGAGGUGACAUGUUACACCUUAAACAGCAAGUGCCAGCUGAAAGUGAAGAGUAACACGUGCUAUUGCUGUGACCUGUACAACUGUGAGAACUCAGAGCAGUCUGCCAGCUACUAUGAAUUUCUCGGUGUGAGCAGCUGUCAGGACGUGCUUCACCUGUAUAGGCUUCUGUGGUCCUCCACAGUCCUCAACAUCAUCGGGUUGUUUCUGGGAAUUAUUACAGCAGCUAUUCUUGGGGCAUUUAAAGACAUGGUACCUCUGUCACCAAUCGCUUUCAGUGCUGCACCUCCUCCUCAGAUCCUCUACAAUCCUGCUCAGCAGAUCCUGACAUACGCUGGGUUCUGUCCUUCUGCAGCAACUAUUUCUACAUAUCCAUCCUACCCGUUACCUCUUCAGCCUGCCAGCAACUUUCCAGGAACAUCAUCUACUGACAUUUCUUUGUCAGAGGAAACUCAGCCUCCAUCUCAGUCCAGCUCCAGCUAUGGUCUUCAGCCCAAUGCUCCAGCCCUCUAUACACCAACUUACUUCUUGCCUGGAGAAAAGCCUCCACCAUAUGCACCAUAG